AUGGCGGACGACAAACAUGCACCUAAAGGCGAAUCGGCUCCAGCCUUGGAGAAGGAAGACAGCCCGAAAAGAAGCCCGUCUCCAGAUGACGAUGCUGGGAUACCGACAUCUUCUACGUCGAAAGCCCCGCAGACGGCAGAGAACAGGCUCAGGCCAGCCGCCGAUAUACUCAAUCGUCUCAUAUGGGACGAGAACUACGAUAGCACGGAAUUUGUUAUAGGCUAUGAGGAUCGGUUUGAAGGGCGCUUGGAGGCGAGUCUCAACUCAUGGAAGAGAGAGUCAACGGACGAGGAAUUCAUCCCGCAGCAUCGCAUCCUAUACAUCAAGCGAAAGUCGGAUUCUGAGGUUGUAUGGGACAGGCGACGAAGGAUAGAUAAAAUCUUUAUGAGUGGGAAUUCGGCCUUUGACUAUCUGGCUUUCCUCGCUUGA